AUGGGCGAAAGAGUUGUCCUUGUACCUUAUAAGCCGGAGCAUGUCGAGACGUAUCACAGAUGGAUGCUCGACGAGGAUCUCAGAGAACUUACUGCAAGCGAACCUCUCACCCUUGAGGAAGAGUACGAGAUGCAGACCAAAUGGCGGAACGAUCCUGAUAAGCUCACGUUCAUCAUUCUGGCCCGUCAGCCUGAUGUCGACACCUCUAAGCUCCCCAUGAUCGGAGACGUAAACCUUUUCCUCAAAGGAGACGUAGACGAUCCAGAGUCUGAUUUCGAAGCAGAAGCGGAGAUUAUGAUUGCGGAGCCAACUUAUCGCAGGCAAGGUUUGGCACUGGAGGCGCUACAGCUUAUGCUAUCCUUCGCCACAACCUCCCGCUUCAUCGCUAGUACCUCGGUAGUCAUACCAGAGCCAGAUACAACACUCCGACCAUUGCCCAUUGACACCAGCAUCCUUGUCGUUCGGAUUUCUGCUAGCAAUGCUCCGAGCGUUGCAUUGUUCCGAUGUCUUGGCUUCAAAAUUGUGCGUCAUGUCGAGGUGUUCAACGAGCUUGAGAUGCGGUUUGACUCUAAAGCCACAUAA